GCGCCGCCAUGGCCACGUUCGGCGACAAGUUCGCCGCAACCGCGCUCGAGGACUCGCUCGACGACCACUCGUGGGAGCGCUCCGAUCCACUCUUCGACCGAACCGAACACGGUCCAGAACCCGACGAGGCGCGCGACGCAGACCGCGACGCCCUGUACUCGAUCCUCAACCUCGAGCGCACCGCCUCGGACGACGAGAUCCAGAAGAGCUACCGCCGCCUCGCAGCUCUCCUCCACCCCGACCGCCACAACGACCCGUCGCUCAAGUCGGCCGCCAACUCGCGCUUCGCCAGCGUGCAACAAGCCUACGAGACGUUGUCCGACCCGCACAAGCGCGCCAUCUACGACGAGCUCGGCGCACAAGGGCUCAAGACUCAGUGGGAGGUCGCGACGAAGGGAAAGACGGCGGCAGAGCUACGAGCCGAGUACGAGCGCAUGAACCGCCAGCAGCUCGAGCAGAACAUUGAGAAUCUCGUCAGGAGCAAGGGCGAGCUCACGAUCGUUUCGGACGCCCGAGUGUGUUUCCUGCGCGACGCCGACCUCGAGCGACUAGGCGGGCCCGAGAAGCUCGGCCCGCUGCAGCGCCUGCAGACGAUCUCGCAGCGCCAGGUCUUCCUCAAGCACUCGUACACGACGCCGCUCACGCCCACGACGGCGCUCGUCGCGACGACCCAGGUGACGGCGCGUCAAGGGUCCGGCGCGGGCAAUCUCCUCCUCAAGCUGCAGCACAACCCGUCGCAGCGCCUGUCGCUCGAGAUGGGCACGACGCUCCUCCGCCCGCGCGCCCUCACGCUCAAGGCGACGUACGCGCCCGACCCCGACUCGUUCGUGCGCGUCGACGUCCCCGUGCGCACGCUCGACGCGCCGCCAAAGUUCAGCGUCGUGCUCGGGCGCCGCAUAUACGAGCGCACGACGGGCACGGUCACGCUGCGCAGCGGCGCGUGGGCGCUCGGUCGGUGGGGCGAGGCGCUCCUGCAGCCGUACUCGGACAGUACGCUGUCCGUCGGGCUCAGCCACGCGACGGGCUGGGGCAUCGAGGCGACGAGCGCCAUGUUCGUCAAGCAGGUGAGCCUCAGCUGGGGCAGGACGGUCCUCGGCGGGUUCAAGGUCGGCGUCCAGGGCGUCGUGACCAACGUCGGCGCGGCGAGUGUCGGCGUCAGUGCCGACCGGCGCGUGACGGAGAACUGCAAGGCCGGCAUGGGCCUCGAGGUGGCCGCCAACGGCGCCAUGACGGUCAAGCUUCGCUUCUCCCGACUCGGUCAGCGCAUCAACCUCCCCGUCAUCAUCUCGUCCGGCCUCGACUACCGCCUCUUUGCCGCUUUCACGGUCGUGCCCGCCCUCGGCAUCAUCGCCACCAACCAGCUCGUUCUCGCGCCACGCAAGCGCAAGCAGUUGAGCGGCAAGCUCAAGGAGCUGCGCAAGGAGCACGCCGAGUACAUCCGCGAGAAGCGCAAGGAGGCGCUCGACGCGCAGGCGCUCCUCGCCGAGCACGUCAAGAAGCGGGUCCGGGAGGAGGAGGCGAAAGAGGGUCUGGUCAUCCUCGAGGCGAUGUACGGCGUGCUCGAAGCCGUCGACGACAAGGUGCAGGACGAGGCCGAGCUGCGCUGGCUCGACGUGACAGCUCCUAUCCAAGCCCUCCUUCCUACCGGCCUCUCGCAGCUCACCAUCCCGGCCGGCCGCUCGAAAGCGUCCCUCCUCGGCUUCUGCGACCCGGCGAUCGGCGAGAAGAAGCGGCUCAGGGUGCGGUACCGGUUCAAGGGGCGCAUGCACGAGGCUGUGUGGAGGGACAGGGAGGCCGUCGCGCUGCCGAUGAAGGGGCACUUGAUCGAGGAGGACGAGGGGGACAGGCGGAGGUAGCGAUGCGGGCAAGGUGCAACUAGAGGAGCUCGCCACUCU